UCGUUAAGAGAUAAUUAGUUUUAGCUUAAAGGUUACAAAACCGAAGAAAGAUGGCGGCUCAACUGAUGCCAAAUCCACCGCUCACAGCAGCAGAAAGGGCUUGUCGAUCAGUGUUUGUUGGAAACAUUCCAUAUGAAGCUACAGAAGAACAGUUACGAGAAAUAUUUACUCAAGCUGGACCUGUAGUAAGUUUCAGACUUGUAUACGACAGAGAAACUGGAAAACCCAAAGGCUAUGGCUUUUGCGAGUACCAGGAUGUGGAGACGGCACAGAGUGCCAUGCGUAACCUUAACAACUAUGACUUCAAUGGCCGCCCUCUGCGUGUGGGUGUGGCUGCUGGGGAGCAGAAUAGGGAUGAGAUGAAAGGCAUGCAGCAGGCCAUGGGGGGCCCCCUGCUAGAGAGUCCGUUUGGAGAUCCUACAGAACCAGAGAAAGCUCCAGAGGCAAUAUCCAAGGCUGUAGCCAGUUUACCACCAGAACAGAUGUUUGAGCUGAUGAAACAGAUGAAGAUGUGUAUCCAGAACAACCCGACUGAGGCCAGGAACCUGCUUCUACAGAACCCUCAGUUAGCAUAUGCUCUCCUGCAGGCACAGAUUGUCAUGAAAAUUGUUGAUCCCCAGGUUGCCAUGGCCAUGUUACAUAGAGACACUAACCAGAUUCCACCAUCAAAUGUGCCUCCAUCAUCACAGCCUGUCAGCCUACCACCACAGCUCAGAAUGCCUAGCACGUCCGUGCCACAGGGACCACCUAACUCCAUGGGAGGACCCAUGCCUAUGGGUAUCAGUAUGGCUCCAGGUCCACAUGGACCAGGGGGUCCAGGACCACAUGGGCCUGGAGGCCCCGGCUCUCAUGGCCCCGGAGGACCAGGUCCACACGGCCCUGGAGGUCCAGGCCCACAUCCAGGUGGUCCACAUGGCCCAGGAGGUCCUGGGCCACGUGGGGUUCCCGGUGCUCGUGGUCCUGGGGGACCUGGUCCUGGUCCACAUGGGCCAGGUGGACCAGGUCCUGGAGGGCCGAGGAUGGGUGGCCCAGAAAUGAUGGGAAGACCUCAAGGAUCAUUGAUGGGUCCAGGUGGUCCUCAGCCAAAUAUGGGCGGGCCGCAGCCUAACAUGGGUGGACCACCGAUGAGGCCAGAAAUGACUGGUCCACCUCAGUCUCGCCCAGAACAGAGGGACCCCAGAAUGGGGGACGGGCGAGGUAUGCCUCCGAGAUCUGUUCCCAGUGCAGCCCAAACUGGUAUUCCAGGAUUGCCAAAUCUGUCGCUGGGCGGCCUACAGUUACCAGGAGGUAUGCCAAACAUGUCAGCUGGAGCCUCAAUCUCGGCACAAGAUCAAGAGAAGGCUGCCCUGAUCAUGCAGGUGUUACAACUGACAGACCAACAGAUAGCCAUGCUCCCUCCAGAUCAGCGACAGAGUAUCCUCAUUCUCAAGGACCAAAUAGCCAAGAGUGCAAACCCAUAGACUCUUAUCAUUGUUUUCUCUCACACACCGUCAUCAUCCAGAGUAGGCACAGUCUUGGGCUAAACACCUUUCAUAUGGAUAUAGCAUUGUAUAUACAGUAUUGAACGAUACAUUUAUAAUAUCUGUAUCUGUUUAAUUGGGGAGAUAUAUGAAACGGUUUAAUUUUCAAGAACGUAACGUAAGAUUUCAUCUUUGUUGGGCUGAAGACUGUGUCAGAAAAGUUGCAAACUUAAAUUUUACACAGUUGAUGUAUGGAGUAUGGAGGAAUUGGUGCCUAAAUGUGUCCAAAACAUGGUCAAAGGUUCAUUGUAGGGGUCACAAAACAUGAUGAUUAUUAAACUGUUAUUGUUUCAUUUGUCCAGAAUUUGAAUUUCGAAUUAUUGCAAUAAAUUACAUGUACAUAUAACAAUCAUUGUACAAUUCAUUAUUUGGUUGGAGGUGAAAUCAUCUUUUUAUUUGAUGAAAGUAUAGUUUGACCAACACAUGGGUUACUUGAAUGAAUCAGAACAAAAGUUUGUUCUAUUUUUAGAUUGGUUUCAUUGCAAUAGCUACAUCAACAGAAUGACAAAUUAUACAAACAGAGAUUAAUUUUGUCAUUCAAUGUAAACAAUAUCGUUAUGUGUGGAGAUCAGAAAGUUAGGAAUGAUCAUUAUUAGUGAUUGAAAUACUAAUAAUAAUUGUUAAAUUUCAUGGGGCAAAUAUUUCGUGAUUGUUCAUUUUCACAAGGCUUUCUUGCUUGUUCAAUUUCAUGAGGUUAACAUUUUGUGGUUGUUCGAUUUCACGAUGUUAACAUUUCGUGGUUGUCCCAGUGGAUAUUGACUCAUCAUUUGUGUAUAGUUGGGCUGUAUUCAGUGACCACGAAUAUACAGAAAGCAAUUUCCCCAUGAAUAUUAACAAUUGUAUAGUAUUGUCUUUCAUUGUCAUGAAAGUUGAGAGUUUUUCUCUCUGUAUGAAAAUGUGGUGAGUGAUAUGUAAGGAUGAGAGAGCUGUCCAUAACUCAUCUUUUGAUGUCUGGUUAUUAAAGAUAUAUAUAUUCAA